AUGUCCAAAUAUUUCUCCCACGAUUUGAAAUCAAUUCAGCGAGCCCUCUUAGUCUUGUAUCACCAAUGCUCAAUUCCUCAACUCAAGCAAAUCCACUCCAAUUUAACCGUCACCGGCGCAAUCCGCUGCUCCUCUUUCUUCAGAAAACUCAUUGCUCGUUUCGCGAUUCUCGAUUUCUCUCAUGCGGUGGCCCUGUUGCGCGUCUCUCCUCAUCUCUCCGCAUCCGGGUGGAACACUGCCAUCAGCGCUUCAUCCCAAAAUCACCCCCCAGGAAACGCGUUCCUCCUCUUCAAACACAUGAUCCAUCACGGCUUCUCACCCGAUAAUUACACAUUCUCCUUUAUUUUCCGUGCCUGCGCUCAGUUUUCCGACGUUGUUCCGGCGUUGAUGUGCCACACCUUAGUGAUAAAAUUGGGCUGGGAGCGUCACGAUUACGUGCAAAACGGGUUGGUGCAUUGCUACGCUAGCUCUGAGUCCAUUGAAUUUGCGCGGAAGGUGUUUGAUGAAAGUCCUGAUCGGGAUGUAAUCACUUGGACUGCGCUCAUCAAUGGCUAUCUAAAGAGGGGUGAGCUCAGGCACGCGCGGGAGCUGUUCGAUGAAAUGCCUCACAGAAAUGCGGCUUCUUGGAGCUCCAUGAUAAAUGGGUAUGCACAAAUGGGGAUGUUUGUGGAGUCCUUGCAAACUUUCAGUGCAAUGCUGAUUUCCGGAACACAGCCUAAUUAUUCUGCGAUAGUCGGAGCGCUCUCGGCCUGCUCGUAUCUCGGUGCACUGGCGCAGGGCGUGUGGAUUCACGCGUACAUCGAUAGGAGAGACAUGGAGUUGGAUGGAGUGUUGGGGACAGCACUAGUCGAUAUGUACGCAAAAUGUGGAUGUAUCGGCAUGGCUCGUGAUGUCUUCGACAAGAUUCCAUACCGAGACGUAUUUGCUUAUACCUCUUUGAUCUCUGGAUUGGCUGAUCACGGGGAAAGCAACGAUGCUCUGGAGGUGUUCAGAAGAAUGGAGGACGAGGGACAUCGUCCAAAUGAAGUGACGUUCGUAUGCGUGCUGUGUGCGUGCAGCAGAGCUGGUUUGGUGGAAGAAGGGUUGAGGAUUUUCAAGAGAAUGAAAGAUGUGUACGGGAUCGAGGCGAGGCAGAAGCAUUACGGCUGUUUGGUGGAUCUUUUGGGACGAGCGGGGAUGGUGGAUGAGGCGGAGAAGGUGGUGGCGGAUGUGUGGAGCGAGGGGGACGUGUGCAUGGUAGGAGCGCUAGUGAACGCGUGGAGGGUUCAUGGUGGUUCGAGUUUGGAGAAGGCGUUGGUUGUUGAUGGGCUGAGUGAGCAGAGCGGGACUGGUGUUCUUGUUUCGAAUAUAUAUGCAUCUUUGAAUAAAUGGGAAGAUGUGGAGAGAGUGAGGAAGGAUAUGGCGGAGAGAAAGGUGAAGAAGAUUGGUGGAUGUAGCUUGGUUGAAUUGGAUGGUGUGGUGUUGGAGUUUGGUACUGGAGAUACCUCUGCUAUGUUUUCAACCUCUUAAAAUGUAAUUGUAGUAAAAUACUAAUGUCAGUAGAGAUUUUUUUUAAUCAGUAACAUAAAUCUUUCUCUGAUUUUGAAAUUGUUUUUAAGGGUGUGUUUGGGAACAUGGAAUUGGAUGUGUGGAAUUGGAAUUGGAGCCUUCAAUUCCAAAUCCAAUGUUUGGCACCACAAAAAUGUUUGGAUUUGGAAUUGAAUUCUUCCAAUUCCACAAUUCUAAUUCCAUGAAAUCACAAAAGAAUUCUAAUUCCAAUUCCAUAAAUUCCAUGUAAAAACGGGUUGGAAUUAAAAAAACGCGGACCCUAAUGGGUCAAAAUAGAAACGGGUCAUAUAAAAACUGAAAUAUGCAGCACUUUUUCGUUUCUCUCUCCUCGCGUCUUUUUCCUCUCUCCGGCUCUUCGCGUGCCCUAGCUCUUUCUCUCUGCAAUUGCGCCGUGCCGUGCCCUAGCCGCUUCAUCUGUGUGAUCGAUUGAUGGAUAAUCAGUUUCGCUGAAUGAUAGCUUGCGGCGUGCAGCAAAGAACUAGUGCCACUGGUGGAUCAUCUUGAAGAGGUUCUUGGUAGUAAUCAUGUUAGGAGGAGUAAGUUAUGGAAUAAUGGAAGUUGGUUUGUGCUGAUAGAGCACGAGAGGAAGAGGCCGUGCUGCGUGAUGGAGUGCCAGAAGUUGUUCGUUGAUGAGUGUAUGCGCACACUGCACAGAGUGAGGGUCUCUCUCUGAGAGUGGUGGUGCAGGUCCUCUUCUCUGAGCAGUUUAAGAUAAGCAAUCCGGUUUCCAUGAAAGAGGGUGGGGAGUCACUGUACCAGCCCAUGGUGCCAAACCGGAAGACAUUUUUGGAGGGAACUCCUCAAUCAUUUCAAGAAGGAUAGACAACGGCAAAGAAGGACAUCAACACUCUCAAGUUCAAGCUGGAGACUGUCAAGACCAAGUAUUUGGAGCUUCAGAACGACAUGGAGACAUUGCAACGUGACUUCAACAAGCUGACCAAGCCCAAGCAGACGUCGGCAUGAACAUCCGGAUGGACAAAAUUCAACAAAAGCUUACGAAGAUGGCAGACGGCAAUGACAAAGGAUCCCAACUGCCAACUACUAGAAGAUGGAGAAACUCCAUUCCUUGAAUUGCUUUGCUAGUGCUGCUGCUGUUAUUUCUACAUGUGAUUUCUGUUUAGACUGCUUAGAGAUGCAAUAUUGACAUGAUUUUCAUUGUUGAUAAUAGAAAUUAAUUAUCAUUGCUUA